GGGAGGGGGAGCUAGCCCCCGCUCGGCGGGAAGGGGCCGCCGGGCCCCGGCGCAGCGCCUCGGUGACCGGCUGUGCGAGCCCUGGGCCUCGACGCGAGCUGAGCCAAUGCUCGACCUGGAGGUGGUGCCCGAGCGGUCUCUGGGGCACGAGCAAUGGGAGUUCACGCUGGGAAUGCCGUUGGCUCAGGCUGUAGCAAUUCUUCAGAAACACUGUCGCAUUAUCAAAAACGUCCAGGUUCUGUACAGUGAGCAGUCACCUCUUAGCCAUGACCUCAUCCUUAAUCUGACUCAGGAUGGAAUCAAACUGCUGUUUGAUGCUUUCAAUCAGAGACUUAAGGUGAUUGAAGUUUAUGACUUGACUAAGGUGAAGUUAAAAUAUUGUGGUGUCCAUUUUAACUCUCAGGCAAUCGCUCCUACCAUAGAACAAAUUGAUCAGUCAUUUGGAGCAACACAUCCAGGAGUGUAUAAUUCAGCUGAACAACUCUUUCACCUCAAUUUCAGAGGACUGUCGUUUUCUUUUCAGUUAGACUCGUGGACUGAAACUCCGAAGUACGAGCCUAACUUUGCCCAUGGUCUAGCUUCUCUGCAAAUCCCGCAUGGGGCAACUGUGAAACGUAUGUACAUCUACAACGGAAACAGCCUGCAGGAUACCAAGGCUCCGUUGAUGCCCCCCGGCUGUUUUCUUGGUAAUGUGUAUGCAGAGAACGUUGAUGUUCUGCGAGAUGGAACUGGACCCUCAGGUUUACGGCUUCGCCUACUCACUGCAGGUUGUGGCCUAGGUGUUUUAGCCGAUGCCAAGAUGCGGGUAUUUGAGCGCUGUGUGUACUUUGGUGAUUCAUGCCAGGAUGUGCUGAGCACUUUGGGGUCUCCACACAAAGUCUUCUACAAGUCCGAAGAUAAGAUGAAAAUCCAUUCGCCCUCUCCCCAUAAGCAGGUGCCAUCGAAGUGCAAUGACUACUUCUUCAAUUAUUUCACACUUGGAGUGGAUAUUCUCUUUGAUGCAAACACUCACAAGGUGAAGAAAUUUGUCCUGCAUACAAAUUAUCCUGGUCAUUAUAACUUUAACAUCUACCAUCGGUGUGAAUUCAAGAUUCCACUAGUCAUUAAACGAGAUAGCGCUGAUUCACAGACUGAAACAUGUACAACAUACAGCAAGUGGGACAGUAUUCAAGACCUUCUGGGGCACCCUGUAGAGAAGCCAGUGGUACUACACAGGUCAUCCUCUCCGAACAACACUAACCCGUUUGGAUCAACCUUUUGCUUUGGACUGCAACGAAUGAUCUUUGAGGUGAUGCAGAAUAAUCACAUAGCUUCUGUUACUCUGUAUGGCCCAACGAGGCCCAGCAGCCAGUUGAGAACAUCGGACCUUCCCCAGUGAGCAUCCCCUGCAAAGUCAGCUAAUCUAAAUGCUACAAAAUUAGUACAGCGUGCCUUGAUUUGCUGCCACUUAUAAUAUGGAAAACACAUUAUGAUUUUUUGAAUAAGCCUUUCCACCCAGGAGCAGUGUGGAGAGGAAAUUCUCUCAACCCUUCAUCAUGGGGCAUGGAACUGUUGGUGGAGAAAAGCAGCUUAGGUGCCUGUGCCGUCGUUUAUUCCUCUCAGUUGCCCUCAUCCUGUGCAGCACAGACCCGAAGAGACUGUCUGCCCUUCUCGGAUGGCAGAAGGGGGAAGUGGAAGAGGGGCAUGUAAUAACUGCAAGAGUUAGAAGCACAAACUUUCUGAGCCUUGGAGCAUCUGGAAGCAGGUGUCACUCCUGUUGAAUCCCUGCUCAAUCUGUGCUGUCUCCUGUGAUCAUUGCUUGCUAAGAAAAUUCUAUGCCUCAAUCUUCCUUUUGUUUCCUCUCUAAUUUUAAUUUCAUUUUACAUAGCCCUUCUGUAAAUUAAAUGGAACAAUAAUGAGCAUGUACACUGAAAGAAAAAUAAAAUGAGACUCUCA